AUUGUUGUUAUUGUUAUUAGUGACGUGUAUUGUUUACAUGUAUGUGCGGCGGAGCGAGCCCUGUGACGACACCUAGCGAUAGCCGGCACGCGGAAGUGCCGUCAGGAGUGUCGCGUGUCUAGCGGCGCGUUCUGGAAGUUUCUCCGCGAUUCGCGAGCAGCCUUUGCGGAGACGGCGGUCGUGUUUCUGCCGUCCGAAGGAGUCGGCGGAUUUACUUGGAAAUUAUCAAAACGGCCGUUUUGUAAAUGUUGGUCAGCCGAUGAAAGAAGGGCGAGAGGCGGACGAGCGGAAUGAAGCGACGUGACCGGGCUUGGUCGGGAUUAAUGCCUCUUUUAAAAAGUUAAUAUCGCUGUUAAAUAUCGGUCGCCAUGGGUAAAGAUUAUUACCGACUACUGGGCGUGCAGAAGGACGCCUCGGAUGAGGAGAUCAAAAAAGCAUAUCGCAGACAAGCCUUGCGGUACCACCCGGACAAGAACAAGUCACCCGGAGCCGAGGAGAAAUUUAAAGAGAUUGCAGAAGCUUAUGAUGUCCUGAGCGACAAGAAGAAGCGGGAUAUUUACGAUUUACACGGAGAGGAAGGUUUAAAAGGGUCUCCUAGGGGUGGCGAUUCAGGUGCUUCUGAUUUCACCUACACGUUCCACGGUGACCCGCACGCCAUGUUUGCCGAGUUCUUCGGAGGACAUAAUUCCUUCGGCCACUUUUUUGGGAAAAGUGGGAUGGAUGGGGAUAUGGACAUCAAUGACCCUUUUGCUGGUUUUGGGAUGGGCAGCAUGCCUGGCUUCCAGCAGGCCUUUAGGGUGCGGCCAGGGUGCACCCCCGGGACCCGGAAGAAGAAGGACGCCCCCUUGGUGCACAACCUGCAGGUGAGCCUGGAGGAGGUGUUCUCCGGCUGCACCAAGAAGAUGAAGAUCUCCCACCGGCGGCUGAACGCGGAUGGCCGGACGACACGCUGCGAGGACAAGAUCCUGACCGUGGAGAUCCGCCGGGGAUGGAAGGGGGGGACCAGGAUCACCUUCCCCCAAGAAGGUGACGAGACACCCUCCAACAUCCCCGCUGACGUGGUGUUUGUGGUCAAGGACAAGCCACACCCUGUUUUCUGCAGGGAGGGCUCUGACAUCAUCUACCUCACGAGGAUCCCCCUGAGAGAUGCACUCUGCGGCUGCACUGUCACGGUCCCCACGCUGGAUGGCCGGACUAUCACCGUGACGAUCCGGGAUGUGGUCAAGCCUGGGACAAAGAAGCGCAUCACUGGAGAGGGCCUGCCCUUGUCCAAGUGCCCCGAGAAGAGGGGUGACCUGGUGCUCCAGUUCGAGGUGGCGUUCCCCGAACGGCUGAGCCAAGGGACCCGUGAUGCUCUCAGGCAGGUGCUCCCACCCUGAGUCCCUGCACGGAUGGACGCAGCCUGGUGGAACGGUCCCACCACCCACGCUUCUCACUGGGGCUCACUCUGCCAUAUUCUCAAGCACGUCUUCCUGGAACUACAGACUACAGAAAAUAUUUUAAUUAACUUAUUUGUUUAACAAAGCUUACUGAUUAAUACAGAACAUAUUUUUAACCGUCUUAAUCCCUUGUUACCUCUGUCAGAGCAUUAGGGUUAGGGUUAGGGUUAGGAGAAGCAGAAGAGUGGCCUGAUUGGCAGGAAGUGUUAGCAUGUGCUAAUCUGCUUAGCAUGUUUGUCGUCUUUUGGAAUCUGAAAAUUUUAUUUACGUUUGGCAGAUAUUUGAAAGAACAUGAUCAUAGAGUAGCGUUUUAGGUUAGAAGAAGGUGAAUGGGGGGAAACUGCAGGAUCAAUGUUAUAAUACGGCUCGUCAGAAGUCCAUCCUGUCAUGAUAAUGUUUUUGACUGACUGCAGAUGAGUACAGUUCCACUGGGAGGUGCUAUUACCUGGUGUGGUUCAGCGUUUCAUGAGCUUGAUUCAUGAAUAUGUGCGAGAUGUAUUCAUGAGUCGCAAUGAAAAAACUAGAUGUUCCUGAAGUGUAGCGUUUUCUUCACACAUGGAUAACGUUCCUCCCCUUUGUUAUGAACCAGGUUGGUUUUCCUUCACUGAGUCAAUUUUCUUCUCUUCUUUUGUUGUCAUGUGACACCAGAAAAGUCCUAAAUCCUGUAGGGUCUGACUACGUCUAAGUCUAACAGAAUGUCUAACAGAACUUCAGUACUUCAUUGUGAUUUCACAAAUUUGCCCAACGCCUCUAGGUACUCAAAUUUCUACUUCCUUAAAAAAGAGAAACCUGCAUUAUGGAUUGUGGAGCAGUUUAGGUUUUGGUUUCCCUCUUUCAUUAAUGCCAUCAUCCAAACAGUCCCAGGCAUGAGGCCUGAUUGAUGCAAUUAGAAGUAAAUAAGUGAAAUUGAGUCCUUAGUAGGCAUUACAUUACAGAAAUAACUGCAUUUGUAUUUUAUUUGGGGGGGGGACGCAUAACUAAGAUGUUGAAAUUGGUGCAAAAGCCUUUCAAUAGAGUCUGAACCUGUUCUUAUUCAUUUUUGUGUUCACUGCAUGCUCGGGUAACAUCAAACCAGUCCCGGUUUGGGCUGGAUGUGUCUGUUGUCUUGUGAAGAAACACAUCACUGGUUGGCAGUCCCAGUCAUAGAGGUCAUUCGGAUGUGCUGGAUUCUGUUCUACCUCAGCUAUCUCUUAAUUGAUGAUGUUAUAUGGACAGGAAGUCAUUUCAGUUGCCGUCUCUGGUGAGGGUCAGUUGGUAAAUGUGGACUAAUUAUUAAUUUACUUAUGUAUAUUUAUUAACAAAUGUAAAAAUGUCAAUUGGCGGAUGAGUGUUCAGUGUUAGAGAAUGUAUGCUUUGUAUCUAAAACCCAUACGAUUUUCUUUUUCUCAGUCUUAAAUAGUAGUGGAAAUUGUCAGUGUUGGAUGUGUGAGUGCAACUCAGCUCUGAAACUUCUACUGACACCUGCCUCAUUAUUAAUGAUUUAGCCUGAUUCUGCUUUGAUCAUUUGAAGCUGAUCACGGAAAGCCUGGGUGUGAAGCUACUUAGUGAAAGCUGUGUGGCUCGAUGUCAAACACUAAUCAUUACAGAUCUCAGCUAUGGGAUGCAGUGAAAAUGCUUCCCAACAGCCAUCUUAGAUAGAUUGCUGCAUCACCUGCUUAUUUCAUUGUAAAUGCCUUCGGCCAGAGAUUAUGCAAAUUUGUUAACUGUGGUCCUCUAGACUCUGGAACCAAUGUAUAUUCCAUGUGUGCAUAUUUAAAUACAACAAUAAAUACUUUCCAAAAAGCUUACUGUAAA